CAUUAUAUAAAGCGUGAUUUCAUGACGAGAUGAAUUCAUAUUCUAACAUACAGUUCUAAUUGACAUUGUAUUCAGCUCUCUAUCGAAAUAUGGUGAAUCAAAAGUCGGUCGUCGCGCAAUCGCGUGCCACUCCCCUUGACAAUUUGUUCCUCAUAUCCGAGCGCAAGGCUCUUCCUAUGAACAUCGCUUGCAUCUGGGAGUUUGCCACUGAAAUGACGCUACAAGAGGCGAUAGAUCUUAACAAGCCAUUCGUGGUCUCCGAGGCAUAUCGUAGAUACAGACAAAUUGUCGUUGGAGACCCAAAAACCGGUGAUGUAAUGUGGACAGAUUUCCCCGAAUUUAAAAUUGAGGAUCACUGUAUCGAGCACAAUUUGGGUGGCAAUGGUACCAAAAGCGAUUGCGAGAAAGUAGCUGGUGAGAUUCUAAGUACUAGUUUAGAUCGAAGUAAGCCUUUGUGGGACUGCCACUUGUUGACGGGACUCGCCAAUGGCCGCAGUAUCAUGGUGUAUAGACUGCACCAUGCCAUAACAGACGGGCAGGGAAGUAUCCGUGCGCUUCUCAGUGUAACUACCACCAAGGGAACUGAACAAGUACAGUACUCAGUAGGCAAUCGAGGUGACAAGAAAAAGAGACGUCGCAGCAGUGCUUCGUCUAACAAGAUGUCCACGAAGUCCACUCAAAUGGUCGUAGUGAACUACUUGAAGCAAUUGCAAGCCUUCAUCUUCCAGCUGCUGUUUACACUCCAGUGUUUACUUAUGGCAUUGUGGGAUGGUUUGGUUUUAGGAUUUAGACCCAAAGUUUCAUUCACCAAGGCUGCACCCAAUGCUGAGGGUAUUAAGUCAGUUGCUUGGACUGAAGGUGUUCCGCUAGAAGAUGUCAAAAUUAUCAAGAACGCUUUUGGCAUGACAGUAAACGAUGUGGUUCUUUCAGUCGCCACUGGAGCUAUUCGUGAAUACAUGGUGGAAAAUAACGAGCCCAUCCAGGACUUGACUGUUGGUAUCCCAUUCUCUAUGCGCAGUGUAAACGAUGAGGGUCUAGCUAACAAAGCCACCAUGGCUAUAACCUUCUUGCCUACUAGUGUAGCGGAUCCUAAGGCUCGUAUGGCCUUCCUACACAACCGAAUGAACAUGCUGAAGCUAUCUCCCAUGCCUUCAGUAAGCUAUUCCAGUAGUAACGCGUUGUAUGGAAGCAAGCUUUUCCUUAAAAUGCUGCAUGCGUUCAACAAUUACUUAAUGGACGCAGGAGGUAACCGUCUGCAGGCUGUACUUACCAAUGUGCCCGGACCAGCCGCUCCUCUUUUGAUCGGUGGGCACGAGCUAACGAAAUACGCACCCAUGAUUCCUCAGAUUAACAGAUCAAGUUUGGGUAUGGGUGUUAUGUCGUACAACGGUAAAGUGUUCUUCGGUUUGCUAACGGAGAAGGGUAACUUGGUUGGAGGUUCUCGUGCCGUUGUGGAUAAGUUUGAAGCACAGUUCAGUGAGCUGCUUGAGGAAGCUAAGGCCAUGGAGACUAAGAAGAUCAAGUAAUUCAUUAUGUACCUAAACCACAGAAUAUUAUAUAGUUCAUAGCUUUGAUUAGUAAUUAGGUCAUAGAACUAUCGUGUUAGUAAAAUUAAAAUAUUUUCUCGUUCUCGCGU